AUGCAAUAAACUGAAAAAGCAAUACAAUAAACUAUUCAGACAAUUUACAGAAGAUAAUUGCCUGCCCAUCUUAUUAGUUUUUCUUCAACAGAGGGUAAAAAAUUGUUUCUGGAAAGUAUGAUGCAGGGAACUAUGGAAGACUAUUUCAAUUUAGCUGAGUAAUACACUACUCAAGCAGAGCCUGAAUAUUGUGGACCAGCUAGUUUAAUAAUGGUAUUAAAUGCCUUAAAUAUUGAUCCUUCAAAGCCUUGGAAAGGGAUAUGGAGAUGGUUCACUGAGGAAGUUCUUCAUUGCAGCACCAGUGAAAUGAUGAAGCAAGGGUUAAACCUUGAGUAGUUAACAAUGCUUGCAAGAUGCAACGGCUUACAUACCUAAACAUUUCGGCCACUGUUGGAUCCAAUAAAAGAUCCGCGUUUUGAAUUAAUUGACAAGGAUUUACUUGAUCAUAAGCAUCACGAUCACUCGAUAUCUAGUGAAAGCUGUUGCAGUAUGAUAGCAGAACAUUUGCCUAAUAAUCUCGAAGAUCACCCUUAUAAACUCUAUGGAUUUAAUGUCAAUCAAAAUAGCUUUCAAUAGCAAUUUCAUACUCACAAAGAUUCUGACAAAUCUCACCAUAGCCAACCACCUAUUCCUCUUGAUAGUGAGAUGGGUAAAAUGCUUCAUCAUAAUACUUCAGCUGCUUACAUCAAGAGAUUCGACUUAAAUUUUAUGAGAACAGCGAUCCUUUCCACAUCUAGAAGGUAAGGUCUGUAUUUAAUGGCCAAUAUAAGCAGAAAGACUUUACUUUAGACUGGAGAUGGCCACUUCACUCCUAUUGGUGGUUAUCACAUCUCCUCUGACAAAGUUUUGCUCUUUGAUACUGCACGAUAUAAAUAUCCACCUCAUUGGGUAGAUAUAAAUUCUCUCUUUGAAGCAACUUAGACGAUUGAUUCAGACACAAAUAAGCUGAGAGGCAUCAUCGCUUUCUCUUCUAAGUUAAAGCUUCAGUAAAUUCAACAGAAAAUCUUUUCUACUGUCACUGUAGAUUAUUAAGCUACAUAGCAUGCAUCAAAGUUACUUUGCCAAUAAUUCAGGCCAUAAAUUAUUGCGGAUAAUAUUGAAGGAUAUAAAGAGCAGUUUAAUUGCCAAUUGGGUAAUGCUUCAGACCUUGACUUAAAGUUAAAGUACAUUCUGAAUAUUCUAAAUGACAAAGAGAUUAGAAGCAUUUUCUUUGUUUAUUUCCAUGAAUUGAUCAAUCGUUUCGCUUUCGAAGACUAUAUUGCUUAUCACAGAAACGACUUAUUUUAUCUUUCAGAAUACUUCUAAAGUCUAGUUUACACUAUCAAACUACUACCCUCUGCUAUCUAUCUAAUGGAGCGAGAAGAGUAUUUCAAGGAUCAUGAGUUCAUUAAGAUGGCUCAAUCAUUUAUCCCAGGCUAUGAAACCUUAUUCUGUUCAAUGGUAUUGCACGCCUUACCAAAGUAAAUAUUCUAUCGACUGAGAAUUAGUGGAGACAAGGACAGUAAGAAUCAGAUGGAGGAGAACUUUUGGAAUCUGUUCUUAAAUGAGGAACUCCCUCCUAUCAUUCAAAAUGAAAUAAUGAUUAUCAGGUAUCAUCUAGAUAUUAAGAGUGAAUAUUGUCAUAUUUCUGACUACUCUGACACCUCAACUGAGCAUACCUUUAAUCAUUUCAAUACAUAGGCACAAAGUUCAUGA